AUGGGCAGAACGAGCCCAGUACAGGCUGCUGUGGUGGAAGCUAUUGCGAGGUGCCAGUUUCCACCCUUCCUGAGCUACCCUGAAAUGAUUUCUGGUACACUACUGUCUGAAUGGUUUGGAUUCCCUACCCUUACAUGGGCUCCAGAGUGCCUGGAGCCCAACCGCAAACCCAAAUGUGUUGUGAUAGCCUGCCGUUGUGUGCUCAAGGUAAAGCAGUACAAACAACUUACCGUCGAGGACGUGGAACACCGAACGGUACUGUAUUACGCGCGCUACCAAUGCACUGGCGGGGCGAAGAAGUCUUUUUCUACCAUCAGUGACGCAUAUCUGUCGUCAUCUAAGUU